AUGAUCAGCAGCGGGAGGUGGGGGAUGCAGAAGUGGGGGACGAGGAUGGAGGGUGUUGGGAGGAGGAGGAUAAUCUUGGAGGAGAGGUUGAAGCUGAGGGCGGGAGGAGCUUGGGGGAGGAGAAGGCAGUAGAGGCUGGGUUCGACUUUCCCCCCACCACCACACACACACCAAAUUCUCGUGACAUCAUUUUCUCCUACUGUACACUAAAUAGCUCGCUUUCCUCUUUCUUUUGUUACAGGUUCACCGUUGCGGAUCAUGGACCAUCUCGCGAUUUGGCGUCGACUCGGUGUGGCUCGCGCUCUUCGGCUUCGGGGUUCUGAGUCAAGGGAGGGAUCAGCGGACACAGGCAGAAAGUCGGCUUUGAGGGGCCAGGGACUGCCGAGGGGGAGGUUUUGAGGGACCUUCACCGCGUCUUGUUGUGACUGAGCAGAGACUUGGAGCGUCGAGGGUCGUGGUGGUUGCGCAGUCGUGCUCUUGUCUUCGUCUCGACCGAGUGGGAAGUGGCUGUGGGGUGGGCCUUCUGUCGUUAGUACAUUUCUUUUCUUUCUCUUUCUCUUUCUCUUUCUCUUUCUCUUCAUCUCUCUUUCUCUCUCUCAUUCGUCUCCUGGGGGGGAGCAACCGCUUGGCUAGGGCAUUUGAAUCCGAAUCUCGGAUUGGUGGACUUGGCUCGUUUCUCGCACUUUUGCGGGCGGUUUGUGUUAUCAUCGUAGUCUUCCAUCUAGUUUUUCCGUAGGCCGAAACAGGGGGAACAGGAAUUGGGGGCAAUAUGAUGAACGUUUUCUACAAAAAAAAAACCAUUUUCACAGUACGGCUUGCGACACGAAUUCGAGACGCACUACUGCGCGGUGUGCGAUCGCGCCGGACACCAGUGGGGCGCUUGCAGGAAGCCGGUUUCGACUCCGGCCACCGCCGCCCCUGUUCCGGGGGCCUCGACCUCGACUUCGACUUCGACCACCGGCUUCCGAGUUGCUGGAAAGAAUGGGAAGCACGGUGGGCCUGCCGCAUUGAACUCUCGUGUCUCUGGCGCGAACAUGAUCCAGCUGGGACCUCGUGCUAACCCCGCAGGUGCAGUAACCGCCAACAAGGACGACGCGAACGACGGCGACGACGAGUCGAUCGUUUCGACCGAACCGGAGGGCGGCGACACUGGGGAAGAGACGUCGACGCGUGCGACCCUGGGCUCAACAAAGGAGACGCAGACGACGACGGCGGCGCCCGUUUCGACCCCGACCUCUCCUUCGCCUUUGUCCGGUGGCACGUCGGGAUCAUCGGCAACCUCGACAACCUCGAUAGCCUCGACGAGUCCUCGACGCCUUCGUUCGAGCUCGGCACCCGGCAACCGACGUGUCACCCGGGCAGGAUCCGCCAUGAUCCUCGGUGCAUCAGGGGGUGAUGGCUCAGGGGGCAACAGUUCAGGGGGUCACAGGUCCGAGGUGACCGAAUUCGAGGGGGGCGGCGCUGAACUGAUUUAAUCAUGAUUGAGUCACUCACCGUGUUGACGUUCAACGUCCGAUCGAUGAAGAACGCAGUCAACCAAGUCAAAAUCAUCCGUUAUCUCAAAACCCUUCGGCCGGCCCCUGCGGCCAUCCUCCUGCAAGAGCACCACCUCAGCUACAACGCGUCGCGCGAAGGCUUCGAGAGUGCUUGGCCGGGGGCUUGUAUUCGUUUCACUCCUCAUGUCCUUACCCUCAUACCCGAUGGCUCACCUUUGGCGGGCCAUCUCCUUUCCUCUACCCCGGUCGUCUUUGCAGGAGCUCCUCGUUUCGACGGUCGGAUUCUGCGCUCGGUGUUUCGUCUUGAGGAGCUCGAUGUCGAGAUCAUCAACAUGUACGCGCCGGUGCAGGAGGACGAUCGUCGCGACUUUUUCGGGCUUCUGCACUUCAACGCCCCGAGACCCAAGACUCUUCGGAUCUUGGCCGGCGAUCUCAACGAUUGUCCGGAUGUAUCGGUCGACCGAGUGUCCAUCACCGAUCGCGCUUGGACUCCUGUAUCGCACUGGCAGACCUUGCUGUCAAAGAUCGCGUUCAAGGCACUCGACACGGUCCGACAUGUCCAUCCUUGCACCCCUGCAUUCACUCGUCCUCACUACCGUGGUAGAGGGGAAGAGCGAAAGAUUUGCUCGUGGUCGCGGAUCGACUAUAUUCUUGUCCAAUGCAGUUGGGCGAACCGGUUGUUGAGCGCUUCUACGCUCUUCGAUGCGCCCUGUUCGGACCACAGACCUGUAGUUGCGACUUUCGCUUUGCCUACAUCGAACGCUGAUGCCGAACCCCCCCUUUCUCUUCCCUCCACGAGCGAUUUCAUUUCGAGGCUCAACCCAAUGGUCUUUGACGAUCAAGACUUUGUCGCAUCGAUUCCCGGGGUCGUCGACGAGGUCUAUCGAAGGCUCGAGGGGACCGCUCCGCUCGGCGACGUCUAUGACGCCGCUCUGCGGGCGGUUGCAGUCGCUGGCCAUGCACGAUACCGCUCGACUCGUGCCGACAUGCGCCGACUGCGGGCCGAGAGCCAAUCCGUCAUGGAGGCUUUGGAGGCACGCGGUGAGCACAUGAAUGAGGCCGAGCGCGAUGUGUAUGCUCUUGCCAAGUCGCGGUUGGACCAGUUGGCGGUAAAGGAGGCUCAGUGGCUGCGCAUUCGUGCGCAUGUGCCGUCAGUCGACUCGAGGGAAGGUCAAUCGGCAAGCAUUCGCACGCGCCUCAACCGCCGGAGUCGCCAGACGAGCAUCGUCUCGCUGGAGGAUGUGGAUGGCACCGAGACCGUUGACAUGCAGGAGGCGCUGGGUAUUGCUUCACGGCACGCGCAGUCGCUCUUCACGCCGGACCCAGCUCGUGGCGACCCGACGAACGCACGCCGGUCCCUGCUCGACCCUAUUCGCGCAGCGAAAUGCUACGAUGACGACCGCUCGGACCCUACGUUCGGUCGUCGGCUGCCUCGUCAAGCGAGAGUGGCGCUUGACGAGCCCUUCACCCUCCUCGAGGUUGAAGCGGCGUUGAAGAAGACGGAUUCGGGGCGAUCACCGGGGCCCUCGGGCAUUCCGUACGAGCUCUUCAAGGCGCUGCCAACCUACUUUGCUCCCAAGCUGUUGGACUUGUUCAACUCGAUUUGGGAGGGCGGCAAAAUGACGGCGUCCUUGGCAGAGGGGCUGGUGCGGCUCUUGCCCAAGAAUAAACCGGGGGCCAAUCUGAAAUCACUGGGGGCAUACCGACCGAUCACAUUGCGCGAGACGACCUACAAGGUCCUCAGCAAGGUCUUGGUGGCGCGACUCAAUGGGGUGCUCGGCGAGCUUUUACCGCCGGCGCAACACGGUUUCAUGCCAUCAAGACGUUCAGCGGACGCGGGAAGUCAUCUCACUCUCCUUCUCGAAAAACUCAAGUCGCUAGGCACUGAUGUUUUCCCCGAGGGCGCCCUCUUGUCUUUGGAUCAGCAGAGCGCGUACGAUCGGGUCGAUCACGCCUGGAUCUUCGAGGUCUUUGAGGCCUUUGGGUUCGGUGAGCGUUUCAUCUCGCUGCUGCGCGCUCUCUACGAUCCCGAGACUCUGGGGGUGCGCUACCUUGUCAAUGGGUUCCCCACGGACUUGGUGCGGUUGCUGUGUGGUCUCGGUCAGGGGGAUCCCCUCUCGUGCCCGGUUUGGAACAUCACGUUCCAGCCCUUCCUCGACGCCCUCGUUCGGCGCGGGAUCGCGCUCGACCUGCAGAAGGUGUGGCCAGGGGGGCCGCGUGCGCAGCUUACGCAUCUGGCGUUUGCCGACGAUGCUGUGGUGGUGGUGGAGUCACCGGCGGCAUUGUCGAAGCUGCAAACGCUGUCGCAGACGUGGUACGAGGCUACCAACGGGAAGACCAACACGGACAAGACGCUGGUGCUACCACUCGGACCGAACUGGCUUCGGGACGAGACUGCGCAGGCGCUGCCAACGGUGCAGGAGGGGGAGAGCUUCAAGUGGUGCGGCUAUGCCUUCUUUCGCCACGGUGACUCGAAACUGUUUUGGACCCAUGUUCUUGACAGGAUCAAGGCCAAGACCCGCGCCGCUCGAGACCGGACACUUUCGCCGAGUGGGAAGGUUUUCUAUGCCAACGCUCACAUCAUCUCGACGGUCCUCCACGUGCUGUCCUUCGACAUACCGCCUCAAUGGUUCAUUAAGGCGGCGGAGACGGCACUUACGGACUUUGUCUGGGGAGGAGCAGGGCGAAAUACCGUCGCUCGCGAUUUCGUGUUCCAGGCUCGGGAGGACGGUGGCUUGGGUUUGAUUUCGAUUGGCGACAUCGUUCAUUCGGUGGCGCUUCGAUUUUGGGAUGCUGUGGCGGGCUCGGACGAGGCGAUCUGGGCGCCCCUAGCUCGCGAGAGCUGGAGGUGCCUCGUCGCUGCGACCCGCGAUUUCAGUCCGUGGGGGUUCUUCAGCAGCACGGCUCGGGUCGAGAAGCUGUAUCGCGACUCGACGCGCUGGGGGGCAGUCGUUGCAGCGGCCAGGGUCACAGUUCCAACCAUCAAGUCCGAACUCCUUACGCUUCCCGAAUUGCUCUCGCUUCCGCCUCGCCUCCCUUCACUCUAUGCUGAAGGUGCCCAGCACGCAUAUGACGAUGCGGACGCGGUGGCGAAGUUUGCGCAGAUCGCGGACCUGUACUGGAGGGACGAAGGGAAGGGAUGGGCUCUGGUUGGUCAUCGACGCGGGUUCUGGCAGCACUCUAAGGAACCCGCCCUACAGCACGAGCACGUGUGGUCGCGCGUGGGUCAGUUGCUCAAGGCGAAAGCGUUGCUGCCCAAGACCGCGUUGCGACCUGCUCGGAUACCUCUCAAGGAGGCUCCCCGUCCUCGGUGCUUCAACUUCUUUGGGCUCUCCCGACCUUUUACGAUUCGCAAGCUUCGUCGGCUUGUGAACAAGGUGCGGUUCCCAGGGAGGGAGGACCGUGUCAAGCGUUUCCCUGAUGGGACUUCUCAGAGCGAUAGGAAGCGCUUCUGGAGAUGGCUUCAUGACCGGUUCGCGUCUGCUGUCGAGCAGGACACCCACUGGCGGCUCAUGUACGACGUGACGCCGACGCGCAAGAGGCAGCAUACUCAGGGUCAUGCCUCUUCGCCGACGUGUCUGUUCUGUGGCAACGAUGCAGCGGUCAUCGAGACGGUGUCCCACUACUUUUUCGAGUGCGCGUACUCGACCAGCUUCUGGGGUGGGGUGCUAGGCAUUCUGCUUGACAAGCUCGGCAUCGAGGAUACCGACGUCGAUCCGUCGACGUUCACUCCGGAGCAGCUGACUAUGGGGCUCCCCCUUUUGCGGGGUCGUGGGAGAACGACCUUGAAAUGGAUGUGGGUUCGGCUGGCCUGCGCGAUCGGCUUCCAGCGGCUGCACCUGCUCCGCUGGCGCGUUCAUCAGCGGUUCGAGCUGGACAACGUCGUGGCCCCUCCCUCGCUUCCCAGUGCGCUCAGAGCGUUCGAGCGAGAUUUUCUCUCUCGAGCGGGUUUUGUGCCUGGGGUUCGAGAUUGGGAGGUGUGAUGACCGAGUUAAGUCCUUCCUUCCCAUUUUCCUCCCCUCCUUUCCUCCCUUCCUUUUCGGUCAGAAGCUGACUGUCUUGAAACUUGUUGCGCAGUGGAAGGCUGCGCACCUCUCCCUCUCUCUACUUUGUGCAGUAGCGGUUUUCGUUCUUGGAUGGAUCGGCAAGCCGGGUCGAUCGUCGUUGCGUUGGAGGCUUUGUGAAGUUCUCCCCUCUCUUUCCCCUUUCUCCCUUCCCUUCCUCUUCUCGUUCCUGUUGCUCGGUUGUUGACUACGCUUCAGCCACUUCUCCUUUUAUUCCUAAGCCGUGUGUUGGAUUCCGUCGAAUACAUCGUUCGUUGGCGUUGGUCAAGAUCUACGGCAUGGAUCGGGAAGAAAGGUCGCUCGUUUUUUUGGUCAAUAUCCUCGCGUCAAGGCGAGGCUUGUUUCGUUGUAUUGGAUCGUUUUCGCUCGGCCCCGACGGCUCAACAGCCAGCACUCGAGACUCAGCCAAGGGAGGACAUCAGGCGCUGUCGGGGUGACGAGUAG